CAAACAUAUAUUAUCUCCCAAAUCAUUCAGGAGAAUGGGAAAACAACCACGUACACUUGGAUUUUGAGCACGGGCUGGUGGCAAAGCAGAGCACCAGUCACCCCAGAUGCUGUUCUUGUAGUUGGCUUCUUAUGUGCUUGCUUAAUCAUCGGCUUUUUUUACAUCAACAGAGCAAGUUCUUCAAACUCCAUAAAGAAAAAGUCAUAUCAGUCGAUGCUACUUAUGAUAUGCAUAGCUUUGUUGUACUGUUUUUGGUGUGCAGUCCAGAUAUACUGGAUCAGUCCGCGUCGUCCAGCAGUUGGUGAAGAGGCUGAUCUUGGUGUUCUUGUGUUUUUAGCUCUAUACUUUUUCCUACCUUACGGUUUGUGCAUAAUGUCUAUGUCCCCAAAAGAUCCUGAUACAAAUCAAAUUCCCCUUUAACAGUAUUUAUAGUACAAUCAAUCACCAGCAAUAUGUAAAAUUCCCCAUUCAUUCCUUGUUUGGAUCAGGAUUCUUUUGACCCUGCGGUUUUUAUUCCACUUACUUGUAUAGAGUGUUCAUUGUUAUCUGUAUCUUAUUCCACUCUUCAACAUGAACCUGUUGCAAAGUGAUGGAAUGUACAAGUUCCAUUUUUUAUUACUCUCAUUAUGAGUGAUUCAGCUGUUCGAAUAAAGGUUCUUGAAGGUGUUAACGUUAAA